UAAAGAUGGGGGAGCAAGGUGAUUGGCUGGAGGCUAACAGAGGAGACUGGGUGGACAUCUUGGAUUCCCAGAUCCAGAUCGGUGCAGCCAAAGGCCCAGGGGACAACCUCACUGGGCAGGCCAGGACCAGCGGCGACAUAGCGGAGGUCAGUGGAUGGGACAUUGUCUUCAACUCUGGGCUGCGGAACAACACUGUCAACCAGGAACAGACAGUCGAACACAAAACAACAACCAAACUGGAACACAAAAUAACAUCCAGAUUUGGUCUCCAUGACAACAGAUUGGCUGCGACCAGGACGAAGCAUAGAUUUGGUCUGCGGGGACGAGGAGUUGUCCGUAUGCGGCAGGAGAGAACAGACACAGACUCAACUAGCGAUGCUCCGUCCUGCUCCUAUAGUUGUGAUUCAGAGAGACUGAUGGCGCCUCAGGUUAACCCCCUAACAGGUGCUGCCUUCAGCCUGCCUUCUAUAGGAUCUAUCAACUGGAACAUGGACCCUGCGACAACACAGACACUCCCUGGCCUUCAUCCUCCUCACACUCUCCAAAUGUUAAACCAGACCUCAGACAAUGCCAGUGCACUAAAUGGCGACACAAGCCCAUUGACAAAGGACAGUAGUUGUAACUAUAUCAGCAGAUCCGGUGAAAAAGAGAAGCACUUCCCAUGUUCUUUCUGUGGGAAAGCCUUCAGUUUCCCCAAACAGUUGGAGAUCCACCAGAGGAUGCACACGGGGGAGAAACCUUUCGGCUGCCAUCUUUGCCGGGUGAGUUUCUCUCAGUUGUCCAACCUGAAAAGGCACCAAAGGGUCCACACAGGGGAGAAACCCUACAGCUGCCCCCAGUGUCACAUGCGCUUCACCCAAGCUGGCAGCCUGAAGAGGCACCUGAAGGUCCACACGGGAGAACGGCUGUUCGCCUGUACGCACUGCGGGAAGAGGUUCUCAGAGAGGAGCUAUCUCAGGAUACACCAGCAGAAAAACCAUUCCACUCUAUAAAAUAGACACAAUUCCACUUAAUUUUAAUUUUUUUCCACUUAAUAAAAAAAAAAAAAACAUUUA